GAGGCUGCAGAAACAGUGAACAGGAGCCAGACCCUUUGAUGGUGGGUCUCAGAGUUGAGAGGCUUAAAGCUGAGAAAGAAAAACUUCCCUUAAAAGUAACUUUGGAAUUGUGCCCCCAUCACCUACUCUGCCGCCCACACUGGUGCCUGCUAUCCCUGACCAGGGUCCUCAUGCCUCGCGGUCAGAAGAGUAAGCUCCGGGCCCGGGAGAAACGUCACCAGGCCCGGGAGGAGACUCAGGGUCUCAGUGAUGCCCAGGCCCAGGCUGCCUCAGCAGAGGGGGAAGAGUUGCCUUCUUCUCCCUCCUCACCCCCUCCUAAAUCUGAGGCUACUCCCCCCAGCUCCCCUGCUGCGGGCCCUCCCCAGGAGCCGGAGCAGACCCAGGGGGCUAGCUGCGCUGAGGCAGGGGCCUCGUGCCCGAGGUCCCAGGAAGGUGCCCGGGGCCAAGAGGAGGCGACUGCCCACAUCUCUCGGCUCGCAGCCUCCACUCGGAAGACCCGCAAAGAUCCUCUUACCAGGAAGGUAGGGAUAUUGAUACAGUUCCUGCUGGAGAAGUAUAAAGCGAAGGAGCCCAUUUUGAAGGCAAAUAUGGUGAAGAUGGUCAGCAAGAAGUACAAAGAUCACUUCCCCGAGAUCCUCAGGAGAGCCUCCGAGAACAUGGAGCUGGCGUUCGGCCUGGAAUUGAAGGAAGUCAAGCCCGGAGGUCACGCCUACACCCUGGUCAACAAGCUAGACCUCACCGACAAUGGGAGUUUCAGAGGUAGCUGGGGGCUUCCGAAAAACGGGCUUCUGAUGCCUCUCCUGGGUGUGAUCUUCUUGAAUGGCAACCGUGCCUCCGAGGAAGAUGUCUGGGAUUUCCUGAAUAUUUUGGGGAUCCAUGAUGGGCAAACACAUUUGAUCUUCGGGGAGCCCAGGAAGCUCAUCACCCAAGAUAUGGUGCAGCAGCAGUACCUGGAGUAUCGGCGGAUACUAGGCAGUGAUCCUCCACGCUACGAGUUCCUGUGGGGUCCAAGAGCGCAAGCUGAAACCAGCAAGAUGAGGAUUCUGGAGUUUUUGGCCAAGGUCAAUGGUACCAUCCCUAGUGCCUUCCCACCCCAUUAUGAAGAGGCUUUGAGAGAUGAAGAAGAGAGAUUUAAAGCCAGAGCUGCAGCCAACCCCACAGCUUCCAAAGCAAGUGCACAUUCCAGGGUCAAGAGAGGCCUCUCCUCCCGCUUCUCCUGCUUCUCCCACCUCUAAGGGAGGGCUGAGCAGAUGAGGGGUCCAC